CUCCAUUCAACAAUCAAGGCUUUGACUGUGCGCAGGUGAGCUCCUCACGAGGCGCAGCUCGAGCGCGCAGGAACGCACGCGCAAGUCACUGCCGUCUGACUCCAAGGACGUUUCUUCACCUGCUGGCCUCUAACAGAGCCACAAUUAAAGUGUCUCUACUUUGUCGAGGAGCUCCUGAGUUCUUCCACACUUUUGAGAUGAAGGGUCAGGAACGGUUUCUGAAAUUAAGCGCAGUGGUUCUGUCUGUUUUGUUUAUCUCGACAUUUCAAGGUGCUCAUGGCCAGGUAGAGGUGAUUCCCGUUGGUCCUACCCUGGUGAAUGCUUUAGCUGGCAGCAACGUGACUCUGGCCGUGUCUUUCAGUGGUGCCAGUGAUCCAGUGGUCACCUGGUCUAAGGACGAUCAACCUGUGGUAACAUGGACUAUAAACUCCAGUUCUCCUGCAGACAUAGCCAAUGGCAGCAGCAAUGUGCUUAGAAUUGAAAACAACGGGUCUCUUACCUUUAAAGAUGUCCCGAAGCGCUUUACUGGAAUCUAUAAAGUUGAGUUCACAAAGUCUGGACUGGGAAAGGUAUUAGCGACGUUCACUCUAAAUAUAUUUGAAAGGAUCCAGAAUGUGACUCUGAGCACACAGCCUGCUUUUGCCCAAGAGGGAGCCGAGCGGUUCACGUUACAAUAUAGCAUGCUUCAAGGUGUUGUUGAGCAACAGACCUGGCGCUUCAAUGGAAAAGAACUGCAGAACGGAACCCGCUAUUUGAUACAGGGAAGCAGCCUUGUAAUAUUUGGACCUAAACGGACUGACGAAGGAACAUACUCUGUUUUACUGGAGAACCCCUUCAGUAGCGUGACAACCCAUAUUAAUGUGACUGUUCUCUAUGGACCAGAUGAGCCCAUAGUAGAGCCACUGUCAGUUCAGCCGUUCUAUAAAGCAGGCGACUCUCUGUUAUUCCUCUGCCGAGCUGAAGGCUUCCCACAGCCCACUAUCGAGUGGGUCUUUGGGGGUCGGACGGUUUCGGAUUUUCACCAAGGGGUCCUUAAUCUGACAAAUGUGCAGACCAAUCAAGGAGGCGUUUAUACAUGCUCUGUGUUCAAUGAAUUAACUGAGAAGAAGCUGGAGAAGAAUAUUACUUUAAACAUCUAUGAAAAGCCGUUGGGUAAUCCACUGUGCUCUGUGACGUCUGUGAACAAUGCUGACCUGCAGUAUCAGUGCAGGUGGGCCGGAGGAACGCCACAGGCCCGGCUGUCUUUCCCAGCACUAAGCAACACAAGCAGUGGAGCAGGAACCUUCAGCCUCACCGUCACAGCAUCGAAUAACUUUGAUGAGAAAACACUCAUUUGCUUAGCAAGCCACCCACUUGAACAAAACACCUGCAAUGUCACCGCAAGUGGUCCUAUACAUUUCAUCCCAAUUGUGAAAACCACUAUUGAUCCCGAUGGAAAAACUGUGGUGACCAUCCACUGUGUCAGCGAGGCAUCCCCUCAGGCUGUGGUUUCAUGGUCCCGGGGAGAUGAGGCUGUCCUCGACGGGUUGGCGUACCAGAUCAGCAGUGACACCACACAGCUGAAGAUUCGUAGUUAUAACAUCAGCACUUUCCUGCUUACACCAAACUUCACCUGUACUUGUCGCAACCCACUGGGCAGCCAGCAAAAGCAGGUUCAGCUGCUAGGACCAUCUAUCUCAGAUUCCAGUUUGUUCCCUAAUCAAGAUGGAACCAUCAUCACAUUGACUUGGGAGGUCCCGCCUACGUCUAUUGUUACAGGUUUUGACAUCCAAAUGAAGGGGCCAAAUCUUCCGAGCAAUAAUGGUGCUAAAGGAAGCUCAAACAAAUACAACAUCAUUCAGCAGAAACCAGGAUCUGCCAGGAGUGCAGACGUCUUUUCACUUGAUCCUGACUUGACAUACAGGUUUCGAAUCAUUCCCAAGGCUCGACUGUAUGACGGAGAGCCAUCUGAGGUUCACACAGUCGGCCCAGGUGAAGGGCUGAGCGGGCCCGCCAUCGCUGGCAUUGCAGCUGGAAUCCCUUGUAGCAUUCUCGUCUUGAUCCUACUAAUUGGCCUCAUUUUCCUUAUUUUCCACAUCCGCAAGAAAAGAAGUUAUCAGACAAGAUAUCCAGUUUCCAGAGCAGUUGAGAAGGUAAAGAACAUGCAGCAUAACACAGCACCACACAACAAUGGAGUGCUUAGGUCUCCUCCUGACUACAAUAGGUUACACCAGACUCCCUCUGAAAGAUCUGUGACUCUUCCUACAUUUGUCCCACCUCCCCCAGUCAGAGUUGCAACAACAGUUUAAAUGUGGUUUGUGUAUAUUUUGUAAAAUUGACUUUAUUCUUUGAUAUAUUACUGAAACAUUUUAUGUUUGUAAUUUUUUAACUGUAAUAAGGCUGUGCAAUUGUGCUGAGUGUAUAUACUGUGUGCACAUUUAUAAGGCAAAUGAGUAUUUUGACCAUAUCAUAAUUUUUAGGCAUAUUUCCUAACUAUGAGCUUAAUAACUUGAAUGUUUAUUGGAUUUAAGCAUAGCAGAUGAUGUGUAUCUGUGUAAUGAGGAAAAACCCUGUAUCAAGAUGUGCAUAAUUCAAGAUGUGCAUAAUUAUUAGGCAGUUUUUUGGGGGCAAAAUGGGCCAAAAUAGAGAUUUAAAUGUCUCUGAAAA